AUGGAAUCAGGAUACACUCAGAGUUGUUCCAUAUCUCCCAUUCCUGGGUGCAAACAGAAGCCCUGGCAUUUCAGUAUUGUCCAGCUGGCCGUCCUUCAGGCCCUUGUCAGUGCCUUCAAUGCACUUUCACUAAAAGGAAAACGGCUGGAUUUUUAUGAAAGAGCUGACACAUAUGUAAGCCUGACCAAAACCAUUCCUGAACUCAGUCGAUUCACAGCAUGCAUGGACCUGGUAUUUGUGAAUGGCAAAUCAAGUGAUUGGAUGGUUUUUUCUUAUAUUACUAAUAAUAUGAGAGAAGACAUAGACCUUGGACUUUCAGGAGAUCAUCAGCACUUAAUACUAUACAACUUGGGCAAGACCUUUUUUAUCCAUUACCAUCUGACCCCAUUUCAAUGGCAUACAGUAUGCUUGAUAUGGGAUGGUGUGAAGGGCAGAUUAGAGCUCUUCCUGAAUAAAAAAAGGAUACUAGUAAUAAUGGAUCAACCACAAAACCUGACACCCAAUGGAACUCUGGUUCUAGGGCAUUUUCUGAAGAACAGGGACAUGCAAAUUAAAAGCAUGGUGCCUCCCUUCACUGGCAGCUUAUACUACUUUCAACUCUGGGACCACAUCCUGGAAAAGGAGGAAUUUAUGAAGUGCUUGGGUGGAAAUGUAGUUAGUUGGGAAGAAGAUGUUUGGCUUGUCAACAACAUCAUUCCAACUGCUGAUGUGAAACUGCGCUGCUCUGUUUCUGAAAAUGUAACAAUUCAAGAAACAAGUACAAUUCUUUCACAACAAAUAGAUUCGACAACCCCAUCCCAAGUUACUGGAUUAAAACCACAGAAGACUAUAUAUUCUUCUACAAUGAUGCCUAAAAGCAUGCCUGUAUUUGAAACUAAUUAUACAACCAUAUCAUAUUCCAGUACAACACCUCCACCUCUGGAAACAAUGACUGCACCAAAAUUUUUAAAGACAUCCACAGCUGAGACAGCUACAUUUGCAGCAGACAUUUUGUCUACUUCAGCAGCCAUUGUUCUACCUACCAAGAAUACCUUCAUAGGCACUACCACCAAUGCCAUGAAAACAACUGAAUCCCCAUCUUCAGAGAGCACAAUGACAACCAAAAAGGCUGAAGUCAUUGUUACUGAGACCUUUCAUCCAACUACAGCUACUAAUUUUCUAUAUACAUCUGGAUUUACCAAGAAUUCAAUUGUAUCUAAAACUUCAGUGAUUGGAUCUCAGGCAGCUAUUAUGAAGACAACGCCUUUAUUCUCAUCUAUAGAGUCAGCAUCCAUGUCUACAACAUCUUGGCCCAAACACAGAUCCACAGGCAUCAGAGUACUCCCUAGCUCCACAGCUCGCCAGGAGUUUCUUGCAUCUACAGUUGAUACAACUGUACCUUGGUCCACGGUGAGACAGACUUCUACUCACAUUGGGACUGUAUCAGCAUCCCCGCCUGAGUCUGUGCUCAUAUCCACAGCUGCUCCAGUGGAUACUAUAUUUCCUAGAGAUCAGACAGCAUCUACAUCGGCAACAACUGAUAAGAAACUAUCACUUACAGUUCAUUCAAUGACGUUCCCAACUAAGCCUAUUGAGAUGACUCCUGAGCAAAGAACAGCUGAAACAGAAUUAACAUCUAUAAAUUUCCAGGAUAUCUCUUCACCCAGAGUGGAGAAAUCAAUGUUUAUCUCCAUGCCAAAAGAGGCACCUUCUACAUUCCUCUCAUUCAAGACACCCUCUUCAUUCACCAGAACUCAGAGUAUACAGACAGUUAUUGAUGCUGAGACAACCUAUAGAGCCUUGACUUCUGGAAUCACACUUGCACCUACAUCAGCUGAAAAUAUGCUUCCUCCUACAGUCUCUGGGCAAGUAUAUACCCAGAAUACACCCACAGGUGGUGAAAACAUGUUUUCUUUCAUUUCUGCCAGACCAGCUUCCACAUCCAAAGCAUCUGAAUCUGACCCCACAUCAAUAAGUGAUGAAGGUGCCCAUCUAUUCACCAGUGAGGUCACUUGGACUCCCAGAGAAGAUCAGACCCUAUUGACAUCAGCAUUCCAUGGCAAUACUCCUAACAUAGAACAUUCAUCCACAAUUACUGAUAGUAUUGUCCAACCAGAAGCAUCCACAGAAAGUGAGGCUAGCACUACCACUGAUAGCAUUACUACUACUGAUGCCAUUAUUGACAGAUAUACAACAUCUCUAUCCAAUUUGACAUCUCUGUGGUUGGCUAAUUUCUCCAUAGUUUCUGGAACCACAUCUGUAGCCAAACUGCCUGAGUUUAAACUUUCUACCUUACUACUAAGAACAACCCCUGUGUCCACAGUAGUUGGAAAUGAACUUCUUUCAACACCAAGGGAGACAGUUGUUCCACCAGUAGAUAUAAUAUCUGCCCUCCCUGAUGCUGAGCCACAUUUUUCUACUGAAGAGAGUGCUUCUGAGGCCACACAAAUGAAGAUAAAAAGUACACUUGCAUUUGGAAAGACAACAAUCCCUGUUCCAGAGUCUGGAACAACACAAAGAUUCAAUGCUACUGUGACAAGGAAAGAAACAACUUCCCAUUAUCUUAAGGGAAGAUCAACUAUAGCAGCAACAACUGAGGUUUCUCCAUUUUCAACAAUGGUAGAAACAACAAAUCAGUCUGUGCAAGUGGUGACUGCUUCUGUCACCAUUUCCCCUUUUCCUGAUUUAGAAACAUUGAUUACCCCAUUGGAUAAUAAAAUGGAAACUACUGAGGUGAGAGUAAGUUGGCUUUCUCCAAAAUCAGUGAAAACCACACCUAAGACUUUAUACAAUGGAACUACAGAAAUUUUUAAUUCCACCCACAUAUACACAACACACUGGAGUUCAGAGACUCCACAUAAGAGGAAUCCAACUCCAUCCCCCAAUUCUGGGAGCACAAAGACAUUCCCUCAGCCCCUGGUUUCUUCUACCACAAGGAUACUGGAGAGCAGUUUUACUACUAUCCCUACAGACAGGACAGCUAUAUCCUCAUCUACUGGUAUCUUGCCUCCACAGCCUACAACUACUCACUCCUCAGCAUUUCCUGGGCCUAUUACCCAUAUGUCCUCAUUGCCAGUUAAUGUCUCUGGUGUCACCUCUGUGGUAGUGUCUGAGGAGACCAUGUCUGAACCUUCUGCGCUAAGGACAGCUUCCUCCACUUCUGCACUCUCAGAUGUCCCAACUCUGUCAUCAGCUACAGUGACCACAGCAUUGCUGCCACCAUUGGAUCAGACUGCUUCCACAACAAGCAAUAUCAUAUCUACCCACAGAGACUUUACUCACACCACUUUAGAAGCCACAGUGAACUCUGUCAAGAUGACACCCACAGCAUUUUCCUUUCUGACAGAAACUCCAGUCUCCUCACUGAGACCUACUGCUCUUGCGGCAACUAAGGCUAAGACUACCUAUUUCUUCACCUCAGCUGACACAGUAACUUCAUUCACACCCACUCCUGAUUUUUCUCAAUCUCUCCCUGACAAUAUUUCUGUUGUGUCCUCUACUCAUAUGAUCUCAACUAUGUCUACACCAGUAGCAACCCAGCCCAUAUCUCAAGUGGAGGAGACUUCUCCCCAUGUACCCAGCUUUCCACAUACUUCCAGUGGUAAUGGACAGGUUGUUAGCUUGGUUACUGGCACCACAGAAACUUCUGUUAUUGAUGAGAUCAUGCCCUCACACACCUCUGCCAACAAGCUUACUGCUUCAGAUGGUCACAUUUCUCAAUUUUCCACACAUCUUACAAGCACACUGGUCCCCACCCUAUCAGUGACUGACAUUGCUACCUUGUCUUUUGACAAAGAGCAGAUGACCACUUCUCUAGGAAACACCUCUGGAACUAUGGGGGUGACAGAAAUGCCUCCAUCAAAGAAUCCUUUUAUUUCACAGUCCCAGACUACUUCAUCCUUGGAAAUGACAGAAUCAGAAUUUGCUGAGACCACAAAAAUUUCCAGUCAUCACACACAUUCACCUUCAGAGAUUCCACUUCUGACUCCACCUGAUGGGAUUUCAGCUUUAUCUCCCACUUCUGGGAGUACACAGAUGACACCUACCACCUGGACCUCACGUAACACACAUGUUCGCAUUUCAGAAAUGUCUACCAGUCUUGGGAAAACAGCUCUCCCUUCACAUCCUCUGACAAUUACCACAUUUUUGUCUCCUGAAAAAGAAAGCAGUAGUGUCCCUUCAGUGUAUAUUCCCAGGACUGAGAAUAUCACAGUAAGCACCACCUCUGUUACUCACCCUUCCUCAUACCACCAGAAUACUUCAUUUGUAGAUACUAUAACUUCCAGAACAACCAGAAUAUCAUAUCCUAUAAAGGUAAACACAACCCUUUCACAUUUGCUUUCAUUCAGGACUAAACCUGAGGUGAUUUCAGUUGCUUCUCCCACUUCUGAAAGCACACAGACCUCCCCUGAGUCCCUGUCUCUUUCCACAAGUGGACUAUCUAGUGCCAAUUUUACAAUGAUCUCUACUGACAGGAUCACUACAGCCCUUUCUGCUCCAAAGGUAACUAUGGCACUUCUUGGUAAAACCUCUAUGGCAACAUCCAUUCCUAUCUACCACAUGUCCUCAAUGCCAGUUAGUGUCACUGCCUUCACCUCCAAAAGAGUUUCUGACACUUUAACAAUACUAGUGACCAAGUCUUCUAAAACAUCACACCCAGAUUGUUUGAAAAGGCCCUCUAUAGCCACUUCUGGUCCUGUGUUUGAGAUAUCUUCAAUGUCAGUUCAUGACUCUGAUUUCUCACCUCCAGCUGUUUCUUCUGACACUUUCACAACAGUUGGAUCAUUUUCUACUUUAUUGUCUUCAGUUAACCCUAGGACUACUAUGACGGUACAAACAUCUACACUGGAUAUCACACCUUUGACAUAUACUGGACCUACUUCAAAAACCACAAUGGUUUCCUCUACUACUUCAGAAAUGGCAGAGAUGUCCUCCAGGAUCAUAACUACGUCCUUCCCCUCUCCAACAGAGCCAACUUAUUCUUCUGUAAAAAUCAUCCCAACCGCUCUUAUGGAUGGGGUGGUGACUCCAUUUGUAGGCACCACUACCUCCUUUCUACUUGGUUCUAAGAACACUGAAGUUAUUUCUUCCAUUCCAAAAACCACAUUUUCACCAUUUCUAUCAACAAAACCACAGUUAUCCCAAGGAUAUGAGGCUACAACUCUGGGCAUAUCAUCUGGGCUUAUUAACAACUCCCUAUCUACUGUAAGCAGUGGUAGAGCAACGAGUCUCACAAAUACUUAUUCCAGAACUGCUGCUCCUAAAAGUGUGAUUUCAUCUACUCCUUCAGAGAAUCUUCAUACUUCCUUGAAUAUUCAGGUUUCCCCAUCUUUGACUAGCUUUAAGAGCACUCCUGGGCCCACAAAAAGUAUAAAAGCCACCACUUCCCUUUCUUCAAAUACACAAAAAAUUACUUCCUUGUCAGAAAAUACUUCUACAGCUGAACUAACAAAAGGUGCUGCAUCUGUGAAUACCCCUGUUUCAUACCAUCUAUGGACUUCAUCCAGUGCAACUCUGCCCUCUUUUACACCAUUUAUUGUUUCACCUCAUAGCACUAAAACCAAGUUCUCUACUCCAAAGACUUAUCUUCCUCCUAUAUCCCAAAUGGUUGAAUUUCCAGUUCUGGGAACAAAAACCACAUCUAGUAACACCCAAUCUCUGCUUAUGACUUCCUGGAAUACACCCAUAGCUGAAGAUUCUCAAUUAGCAAACAUCACCACUACUCAUGUUCCUACACUCAACAAGAUGGAAACAGAGACUCCAUACUUUGUUCCUGGGUCUUUGUCAACAUUCACAGCCUCACAGACUGGUCUUGUAUCUGGAUAUGUUAUGGCAAUGUCAUCACUUUCCACAUCAGGAAUUCUUCCUACUUUGCAGAUGUCUGAGAACCCUUCAUUGUCAAUAUCUUCAAGAUCUAUCCCUACCACUUCCGUUGACAUUAAACAGAUAUUUGAGAAGACUACCUCAUCUAUAACUCCAGGAACCACACCCCCAUCAAAUCCUUCUGGUGCCACUUCAAGAUCUAUAAUUUCAAAGGCUACUACUACACCCAUGCUGACCUGGAUCUUAUCUAGUCUCUCGUCACGUUCUCCUCUGGUAUCUGUUUCUAAUACUCCUCACAUUAUAACUUCCUCUAAAGUAGAGAUGCCAAAAUCUACAUUUCCUACUUCUGACAUGACACCAACAUACCCAUUCACUAACCUUACAACACUAUCCUUUGCUACUGUAAGCCCCAUACUUACCAAAACCACUCUUACAACUACAGUAAGUGGUAUCACUACUGGCUUCCCAACUUCUCUCCCUAUGUCUGUAAAAGUCACAGAUGACUUCUUGUACAUUUCCAAAUCCCCUCAGGCUUCUUCCAGAACCAUUGUGACUGCCAACUCCAGGACUGUGUCUCAACCUUUAUCCAUUAGCAGAAUGAGUAGUUCACCUCCUACAACUGAUCAUACCCUAUCUAUUGGUUCCAUGCCUCUGCCUAACCCUACAAUAACAUCUGUGUGGAGCAGAAUCCCAGCUGCAUCAGCAUCCCCUACUUUGGUUUUUCAUAAGCCCACAGUGGACUCCCUUCCAAAUAUAACAACCACUAUACCUACAGCUACUGAAGUACAUCCAUUCAUAUCUACUGGAGUAACACAUCCUUCUACAGCAACAGUGUCUUCAUUACUUUCCUCCUCUUUUGAGACAUCCUGGCUGGACUUCACACCUUCCUUUCUAUCUACAGAAACAUCAACUUCACCUAUUGCCACUGAGUCCACAGUUUCUUUCUAUAAUAUUGGAAUGAGCUUCUCUAUCUUUGAUGAAGAGCCAGCGAUCCCUAUUACCAGUGUUGUAAAUGGAUUAGCAGAAAAUUGGCUGAAUUCUGUAUUUCAGGACAGUGAAUUUUCUCUUGCUAAUCUGGCUAUUCAAAUUAAAAGCAGAGACACUUCUGAGGAAGAAAUAACCAUGGACCAAAAUUUUUGACUAUGCACUUUUCUUUUGCAUUAUUUGGAACAGAGAGAAGCGCAAGAGAUGGCUCCAGUUUCCCAUGUACAAUACAGCUGUGUUUGUCAGGUCAUCAUAAAGGCCAACUCUCCUUUGGCAUCCACUGAAUUGAUUAACAGGAUCAAAAGUAAAAUACAUGGUAACUUGACUCAUGGAAACUUCAAACAAGAUCAACUGACAUUAUUAGUAAAGUCUGAACAUGUUGCAGUGAAAAAACUAGAGCCUGGAAAGUGCAAAGCUGAGGAGACAGCCUCUAAAUACAAAGGCACGUAUAAGUGGCUCUUAACCAAUCCUACUGAGACAGCACAAACUAGAUGCAUAAAAAAUGAGUCUGGAAAAGCUACUAGAAUCUGCUCAAUCAGUAUGGACACUGGCAAAUCUCAGUGGGAAAAACCAAAGUUUAAACAAUGCUACUUGCUUCAAGACCUUUCUAAUAAGAUUGUGGAUCUUGCUAAUAUUACUAUCAGUGAUGAAAAUGCAGAUGAUGUUGCCAAGCACAUUUUAAAUUUGAUAAAUGAAUCUCCCUCUCUUGAUGAAGAAGAAACAAAGAUUAUUGUUUCUAAAUUAUCUGAUAUUUCACAAUGUGAUGAGAUAAGUAUGAACCUAACCCAGAUUAUGUUACAAAUAAUCGAUGCUGUUUUGGAAAAAAAAGACAAUUCAGUAUCUGAUCUGCAUGAAGUAACCAAUGAAAUUCUGCAGAUAAUCAAGCAAGCUGGUCACAAGAUGGAGUUUUUUGGGAGGACAGCAAAUCUGACAGUGGCCAGCCUGGCUUUGGCUGUCCUGCAGAUGGACCACACAUUUGAAGGCAUGGUCUUCAGCAUUCGCUCCUAUGAAAAAGGUACAGAUCCUGAGAUUUACUUAAGUGAAAUCCCUCUGAGGAGGGUUUUGGCUUCCAUAUAUUUGCCCAAAUCACUGAGGGAAAGAAUGCCUCUUAAUAACAUACAGACCAUCUUGUUUAAUUUCUUUGGCCAAACUUCACUCUUUCAGAUGAAAAAUGUCACUAAAGCAUUAACCACAUAUGUUGUGAGUGCCAGCAUUUCAGAUACAACCAUUCAAAACUUGGCUGACCCAGUAGUUAUUACUCUACAGCAUAUUGAAGGAAACCAGAAUUAUGAUCAAGUUCACUGUGUCUUUUGGGACUUUGGUAAUAACAAUGGCCAAGGUGGAUGGAAUUCAUCAGGCUGUAAAGUAAAGGAAAUAAAUGUGAAUUACACAAUCUGUCAUUGUGAUCACCUCACCCAUUUUGGAGUCUUAAUGGAUUUAUCCAGGUCUGCAGUGGAUACAGUGAAUGAACGGAUAUUAAUGCUUAUAACAUACACUGGAUGUGGAAUCUCCUCCAUUUUCCUAGGAAUUGUGAUGAUGACAUAUAUAGCUUUUCACAAACUUCGAAAAGAUCAUCCUUCCAAAAUCCUGAUCAAUUUGUGUACCGCACUACUGAUGCUAAACCUGGUAUUUCUGGUCAAUUCUUGGUCAUCAUUUCAGACAGAGGGACUUUGUAUUACAGCAGCAGUGGUGCUUCAUUACUUCCUGCUUGUUUCUUUGACAUGGAUGGGCCUGGAGGCGGUCCACAUGUAUUUUGCUCUAGUUAAAGUCUUCAACAUAUACACUCCCAAUUAUAUCCUUAAAUUUUGCCUAGUUGGUUGGGGGGUCCCAGCAAUUAUGGUGGCAAUCAUACUCAGUGUGAAGAAAGAUCUAUAUGGAAGUCUGAGCUCCACGUCUUCAUUCUGUUGGAUUAAAGAUGAUUCUACCUUUUACAUCUCAGUUGUGGCUUAUUUUUGCCUCAUAUUUCUCAUGAAUUUCUCCAUGUUUUGCACUGUUCUUGCUCAACUGAAUUCCAUGAAAUCUCAAGGCCAGAAGACUUGGCGGAACAUGAUCCUGCAUGACCUCAAAGGCACAACAAGCCUGACAUUCUUACUUGGCCUCACCUGGGGGGUUAUCUUUUUCGCUUGGGGACCUGUGAGGAUCUUUUUCUUGUAUCUUUUUGCCAUUUUUAAUACUUUGCAAGGAUUCCUCAUUUUUGUGUUCCACUGUGUGAUGAAGGAGUGUGUGCGGGAGCAGUGGCAGGUAUACUUCUGUUCUGGGUGGUUGCAAUUGGACAACUCUUCAGAUUGGAGUUGCAGGUAUGAGCUAAAUGUUGGGUGUAAGCAGAAAAGAGUGAAGAAAACCUUUGAGCACAAAUUGUUGACACCAUCCCUCAAGUCAACUGCAACUAGUUCCACUUUCAAAUCUUUAGGCUCUACACAAGGCACACCUUCAGAAAUAAGCUUUCCAAAUGGUGACUUUGAUGAAGAUCCCUACUUUUCUCCCUUGAGUUGUGAUGGUGUGUCUUAUUGUGUGGAAAGAAUAUUACCUGAGGAAAUCAAAAUGAAUUCCAUUCAUAAACAAAGAUUUCUUCAAUAA